CAAACUUUUGCAACUAGCUACAUGGCCUGCGAGGUUUUGUGCACCAAGGGGGUGGCUGAGGAGAGGUCGGCGACGGGGAAGGCCGGGCUGAUCACCAAGGCACUGGACCGGUGCUGGAGUACGACGGCAAGGAACUGCAAGCCAGCAGAGGGCUGCUUCUCGGUGUACGUCGGCGUGGGCAGGCAGCGGUUCGUUGUGAGGACGGAGUGCGUGAACCACCCAUUGUUCCGGGUGCUUCUGGAGGAGGCCGAGGAGAUGUUUGGUUACGCAGACACAGGGCCCCUUGAGCUGCCCUGCAACUCUGAGGCGUUCGCCGGGGUGCUGGAGCAGAUCAAGGAGGAGAUGCAGAUGGCGGAAGGGAGGAGGUACGGCCUCCUCAGGGGGAAUUCCUACCGGCUGCUCGGCACCGGUCAGACUGUCAUCAUCAGCCGGUUGUAGCAGUAUAGUGGAUUGGCAUUGAAUGAUGCCGAGUUGACGAGCUCCGAGUUUCUGCUGAGCUCGCAUUUUCUCAUGUACACAUUUUGAAGCAACCUUAGCAUUCCCAAGUAUGAUAAACAACAUCAUCAUAUACUGGACAAUGUUAGAUAUUUUUAUUUCUUCUUCCUUUUUCUAUUUUUGUGAGAAAGCCAAUGUUAGCUGUUCAUGUGUGUUCACCUUAUAAGUUGUAAUAACUGUCAGUGAAAGUGUUAUACAGAUACAUGAUAUGAUUUUUCAA